AUUUCAAUGUGCGGUCCAUUUCCAAAUCAAACCAACGGUCUCGAUCAAUCCAGCAACCUGUUCGUUACCGAUGGAAACCAAAUUUCAAUCGCCCUUUGCCGUCCGUUUCGAAACCAACCAACGGUCUCGAUCGUUCCAGUUCUUCUCCAGCUCCUCCAGGCUCCAGCUCCUCCUCCUCCAGCUCCUCCUCCUCCUCUCCGUCGUUACUCCAUUUUAAUGGCCGUUCUUUGCAUUUCCAUUUCUCUCUCUCUCUUUCAUUACUUUGCAUUGCCACUAUCAUACGCCAUUCAACCGCCGCAUGCUUGAUCUUUCUAUUUUCCUUUUCUUCCCCAUACCCAUUUUCUCUCUUUUCGCUUUUCCACUUCGACCAUUGCUCUCGCCGUUUUCUCCAGGAUGGGAGGAGUUCCCUUGAUCUUCGCAUGUGGUUUCUAUGCCAUUUUAGGGUUAGCGAUGUGACGAGAGAGAGGAAUUGAUUACUUUUCGGUUUUUGGAAAUGUUUUCUUCUUAAGUUUAUUAUAAUUUCCUUUCGGUUGUUACGUGAGUUUGGAAUGAAAUGUGAGGAAAUGUCUUUUUCAGAAUGCGAAUCCAAGAUGUAAAAAUGUUUUAUAGAUUGUUGUCAAGGUGUUUGGUUAGUCUUGGACCUAAUGAACUCCAUCUGAUUGUUUAAUGAGUGUUGCCAAAAUAAAUGUGUGCUAAAAAUGCCCAGCAUCAGAGCACCCGGAGCGAAGAAAUCCACGACUCUGACGGUUGCAGUGAAAUGCCGUCCCCUAAGGGAGAGAGAGCGUGGCCGUGAUAUUGUCCGAGUUAUUGAAAGCAAGGAGGUGCUUAUCCUGGAUCCUGACCUCUCAAAGGAUUACCUCGACCGCAUUCAAAACCGAACGAAGGAGAAGCAAUAUUGUUUCGACCAUGCAUUUGGUCCAGAAAGUACUAAUCUGGAAGUCUACACAAAAAGUAUAUCUUCCAUAAUGUCUGGUGUUGUUCAAGGUCUGAACGUGACUGUCUUUGCCUAUGGUUCAACUGGAAGUGGUAAAACGUAUACAAUGGUUGGGACCAAAGAGGACCCUGGACUCAUGGUGCUCAGUUUGCAUACUGUAUUCGAUCUUAUAAAAAAGGACAAGCGGUCUGAUGAAUUUGAAGUUACUUGCUCAUAUCUUGAAGUCUAUAAUGAAGUAAUCUACGAUUUGCUUGAAAAAUCAUCUGGUCAUUUAGAACUUAGAGAGGAUCCUGAGCAAGGAAUAACUGUUGCUGGGCUUAAGUGUAUCAAGGUUCGUUCUGCUGAUAAAAUUCUUGAACUUUUGAACAUGGGUAAUAGUCGAAGGAAAACAGAUUGCACAGAGGUAAAUGCUACCUCUUCAAGAUCACAUGCAGUUUUGGAGAUUAGUGUGAAAAGAAAGCAAAGAAACAAAUAUCCAAAUCAGGUCUUGCAUGGGAAACUUGCACUUGUAGAUCUUGCUGGUAGUGAGCGGGCUACUGAGACAAAUAAUUCUGGCCAAAAACUGAGGGAUGGAGCUAACAUUAAUCGUUCACUCCUUGCUUUAGCAAACUGCAUAAAUGCGUUGGGAAAACAGCAGAAAAAAGGUCUCGCUUAUGUCCCUUACCGGAACAGUAAAUUGACACGAAUUUUGAAAGAUGGUUUAAGUGGUAAUUCUCAGACUGUGAUGAUUGCUACAAUAUCACCUGCAGAUAUUCAGUAUCAUCAUACUGUGAAUACAUUGAAAUAUGCUGACCGAGCAAAGGAAAUUAAGACACAUGUCCAGAAAAACAUUGGAGCAGUAGACAGCCAUGUAUCAGACUACCAACGGAUGAUUGAUAGUCUUCAGACUGAGGUUUGUCAAUUGAAAAAGAAACUCGCUGAAAAGGAAUCCCAGCUCAGUACUAAACCUGCUGAAAAAGCUGCAGACGAUGAGUUGUCUUGGUUGAAUAUCGUAAGUCAUGAAAUAAGUGAGAACGUCCAGGAAAGAAUAAACUUACAGAAGGCUAUGUAUGAGCUAGAAGAAACCAACCUCAAUAACCGCUCAGAACUCCAACGACUUGAUGACAGUAUUGCAAGACCUCAGGCUAUUGAAAUCGAUGGAGCAAUCGUAGAGGAUUUGAUUGCCCGACGUCUAGUGAUUUUAGAUAACAUUCGUGACAAUGAUGAAGCAGGAAUUAAUUAUCAGAAGGAAAUUGAAGCAAAUGAAAAACAGCGGUGUCAACUUCAAGGCAUGAUUGAUGAAGCCGUCAGUAGAAAUGGGAAUAAAACCUACUUGCAGAUACUUAGUCAGUAUAGACUGCUGGGAAUGGCUAAUUCCGAGCUUCAGUUAGAGAUGGCAAUGAGAGAUCAAGUUAUUCACAAUCAACGAGAAUCGCUGAAAAACUUGUGGAACCUGCUUAUGGGACUGGGACUUGACGAGAAACAGAUAUUGCACCUUGCAGCCAAGCAGGGUCUGACUAUUGAAGGCUGGACAAUAACUCCUUCUCUGGGGCUUCUUGAAAAGCAGUCGUCUAAUCUCUCUUCUAGUAGAUCUACAUCAGUCGGCCCAUCUUCUGGAAUAGAGGAGGGAAACCAGAACUUCUGUGACUUUCCAUGUCCUGACUUCUCACCACCAGUAUAUUCAAGGGCGAGGAAUGUCGAUGCGAAGCCAAACAUGUGGUCUGGUUCCCCUGAAAGACAUCCUCGAGAUCUUUACAAGUCGUAUCUGGAUAUGACAAGUCAUGCUUCUCACGGUGGGAGCUGCAUGUCAUCAUCAUCUGUAGUUGGGGACAUAGCGAGCAGCAGAAGGAUUAUUGAAGCAGUACCUUUUACUAAGAAAUUAUAGUGGACGAGGACAUAUAGCAGCAUCUAUUACUAGAAAUUCAUCAAGCCACACGAGAAAUGGAUACAGCCCAUCCCAUUAACGUGGCUUUUCCUGAAUUGUGUUACUGAAAACAAACACUUGGAUCUGGCAUGCUUUGCUGCAUUUUCUGCUAGCAGGUAAGGGUGCCAUGUUGGUUUUGCUUUAACGACCCUGAUCAUAGAGGCUAGACCUUGGCUGUUUUGUAGGACCAAGAUCCCUGAUGACAGUACAUUUUUUUUUCUCAAACCAACUGUAAAUGAGCAGACUUGCAGCAUCUUGUGACGAAGAUACUUGUUAUUGACGCCUAAAUUCAUUUUCCUCUUCCAUUAGUCAAUAGGGGGAGAAUGGUUUGGGCAACAUAGCUAACCAGAUGUAAUAUUUGGUGCUAUUUUGCCUGUAUAUAUAUAUAUAUAUAUACACACACUAUAUUGAUGUAAAUACUCUUGGUGGGGCGAAACAUUUUAUGAAUUGUAAAGUGAUUUCUUAAUUAUCAUUUGAUUAAGGGGCGUCAA